GUUCACAGUGGGAGGAAUAUUACUACGAUCAUUACGGCACGUACUUGGCGGUUGAGGUCGCAGUUCCCAUCGUCGUGUUCUUCGUGGUUGUCACUGUUAUCGUCCUAACAGUCGUGUGCAUUCGACGUCAAAGAAUCCUACGCGGCAGAGCGAUGAUUCAGCGGGAAGCUGUACCACCCCAACCGGUUGUAGUCCCCAAACCUGGAACAUCAUAUCCUCCGAGUGAAGUGAAUCCUCCACCCUACUGGGAAGGGGCACAGGAUGGACAGCCUCCCUAUCCCAUAGAGGAGCCACCCCCUUACCCAGACAUGCUGAGAGGCCCGGUACCAAACAAACCUCCAAUGCCUCCGAUGUUACCACAGUGAGACGAAACUGCU